AUGCUACCCAAGCCCUCCUCACAUACUUACCGUCGGAACUCCAAUGCCUGGGAGAAGGAUUUCUUCGAUAUACCCGACGAACCAUGCCUUUCAGUGGUGAAGCGCCAGCUUCGGCGUCUCCGAACGUGGGUAGUACUCGCCGUACUAUUCCUAUUUCUCAUGUGGCACCGACGUGAAAGUCCACCGCCGUUGCCCCUACCACACAUACACUACGACGAGGUCGAUUGGUCACGAUUCGCCUACACUCAAUAUGCCACCAACGAAGUGUACCUCUGCAAUUCACUCAUGGUUUUCGAGGCUCUGGAGACCCUAGGGAGCAAAGCCGAGCGCGUGCUCUUCUAUCCCGAAGAAUGGGAUUUGAUCGUGGAGGAUGAAUAUGAUCGCGUCAGUGAGCUGCUCCUCAUGGCGCGCAGUCGAUUCCGUGUCAUGGUGAUCCCGAUCAAGAUCGAGGGCAUAGAUCCAACAGGCCAACAAUCCGAGGCCUCUUGGGAAUCUAGCCUCACUAAACUGAUGGCCUUUGGCGAAGCCAACUACGAUCGCGUUAUUCACCUCGACUCGGACGUCUUGCUUCUCCAAACGAUGGACGAGCUAUUCUUCCUCCCACCCACAACCGUCGCCAUGCCGCGCGCCUACUGGCUUCUACCGGACAAAUCACUCUCGUCUCUGCUUGUCGUCAUCGAACCCUCCUUCCGCGAAUACACCCGUAUCACAAAUGACGCUAUCCCGGCUAAAAACGGCCAAGUCGACGUCAACACCACAGAUCAUCGCUACGAUAUGGAACUGUUGAAUGCCCGGUACGGGGACUCGGCGAUGGUCUUGCCGCAUCGUCAGUAUGGAUUGCUCUCUGGCGAAUUCCGGACAAAAGAUCAUCGUCGGUUCCUGGGAAAUGACGACGAGGUCUGGGAUCCCGAUCACGCUCUUGCGCAGGCGAAGUUCGUCCAUUUCUCGGAUUGGCCUCUGCCGAAGCCUUGGAUCAUGUGGCCGCAGGAGCUCUUGGCUCAAGAACAGCCUAAGUGUGAUCACAACCCUGGAACACCGCGGGAGAGUGGGUGUCGGGAUCGGGAGAUCUGGAAGAUGCUUUAUGAUAAGUAUCGCAGAAAGCGCAAGGAUGUGUGCAAACUGCUUAGCUAUCCGGCGCCCGUUUGA